AUGGCAGAGCGGCUAACACGGAGCAGGGCGCAAGUGGGCGCGUCCCCCACGGUUAUCGACCCUACAGCUGAGCUGCUACGCCUAUUUAGUGAGGCGAGACAGGAUGCUAUCGCCGUUCUCCAAGGCAGCGAUAAUGGACGCCGCAAGCUGUCCGAAGCAUGUGCCAAAGUGCGUCAGGCCUCCACCCAGCUUCUUGAGAUGGUCCGAGACGAUUUGGAGUACUUGGAGGACCCUAUGGGAGAAGGCGGCGGGCUUGCAAAGCCUACGACUGCUCGCCUACCCCAAGCACAGGCAGGACGAGCGGUGCUGUUCCUCGUGGACGCUUGCCACCUGACCAUGCGGGCUGUCCUGCACCACUGCGACCUCAUGAAGCAGGCGGGCCUCAGCCCGGGUCCGGGUUCCGGAGCCGACCUCCUAGCCAUCACAGGGUUUGCAAGUCACAACGACCAACACUUCCCUGCAACGGUAUGGUGCACGAUAUUUACGGAUAUGUGUGCACAGUAUGUAUGUCCGCAGGACGCCGUUGUCAACGUUAAUGGCGGCGGCAGUGGCAGCAGCCCUGACGCAGCAGCCGCGGCCUCCGCCUCCGCCGCCAUCGCAGCUGCACAACUGUGGCGCGCCGCUGUCAACGCUGCAGUGGCUCUUCAAGACGCCUCCCGCCUGCUCUCGGUACCCAGGUUCUACUCGGCCUUCACCAUCAGCGACCCCACCUGCGGCGCCCUGCUCUCCGUCGGGGAGCUGGCUGCGGAUAUCAUGCGCCGCGGCGCCGCCGCGUCAACGGCGGCGACGGCUGCCGUACGCGCACAGCAGCUCUCAUUGACGCAGCAGAAACAACAGCUGGAGAGAAAGGAAGAAGAAGAAGAAGAGAAUAGCGGUCGUGGGUCGCGCGGCGGCGCCAAGGCGGCUGCUGCGGCGGCACUUACGGCGGCUGCUGCGGCGGCUGCCCCCGACGCGAGCUGUUUGUUGGCGGCGCACGGAUCUUCUUUGCUGCUGGUGGCUUGCGAGCACCAGCCUGAGAGCUUACUGGUCAUCGCCGCGGCGACACUGGAGCUAGCGGCGGCGAGGAUCAUGGAAACGGGCUACUGCGGCGGCGGAGGCGGCGGAGGCGGCGGCGGAGACGCGGCCAUAGCGGCCGCGGCGGCUGACAACAAGGGAACUGCCGCAGCUACCGCCGCCUCUUCGGGCUCCUCCUUUAUGUUCUCGUAUCACUUCCGGCAAAUGCAGCUCGUGGCGAUGCGGUUCUCGGAGCUCCUGGCGGACGACGGCGGCUUCAAAGCUAUGGCCAAGCGGGCGCUGCUGCCGGCGCUGGCGGAGGCUCUCCUGGCGGAGCCGUACCGCUUCGUGUCGUGCGGCGCUGGCCUGGCGGCGUUUGGUGCGUGCUUUCUAGAGGAGCGUUUCAUUUGCGCGGGUGAGGGCGCCGAGCGCGAGGAGCUCUACGUGGGCGGCCGCGGUCGCGGUUACAAACGCCGCAAGAUCCUCAACCCAGAUGCCCACGGCGUCGAUACGGAGCAAGUCGGGGCGGUGCUGAACGCCAUGGCGGCGGCGCUCGAGUGUGCCGUACUGCUAUGCAAGGUCCUAUCGAAUGCCUCCGUGGACCCGCCACCGCCGCCGGAGGGGGAGACGGAGGGGGAGCGGCAGGAGGGAGGACAUCCGCAGCUUGGUGGUGGUGGUGUGGGCAAGUCACAGCGAUUGCCGCCGGGUGGUGGUGGUGGUGAUGAUGAGGGGAAGGAGGAGGAGGAGAACGACCGUAUGUUUGGGGGAAAGGCAUCAUCGACCGCUGUCGACGCCAUGGUAAGCGGAGGUAACGGCGGCGGUGGCAGCGGCGGCGGUGCUGCACAAGCGAUGGCGGCGGUCGCGCUCAAGAGAGAGCAAGGUAGCGAGCUGAUGGCGCCGCCGCCGUCAGCUCUUCCUGACGCAGCCCUCGGCGGGGCUGGUGUCGGCUCGCAGGCGGUGCCGCUGGCACAGGCUUUCCGGCAGUUGUUAGAGGCGCGGUACGGCACGACGGAGUGCACGACGUCAGCGGCGGCGCCGCUGAGGAAGGCCGAGCCUGUUGCGGCGGCUGAGGAAGGUGAUGGCGCCGGGCCGGGGAUGCCGGCUGUGAAGGCUUUGUCAGCGGCGUGCGGCCAGAUUGGCCAUAUGGCUCGCAACUUGACGACCUUGCUGUCGCUGUUGCUGCCUGUGUGCCCUGGCGGCGGAGAUGAAGUCCGGGACUCCGUUCGGCAGCUGGGAUACCCCUGUCUGAGGUGGCCCCGCAUGAAUGUACGACUGCCCGUACUGGUGGUGGAUCAGGACUGUGAGCUGCUGACGGGCCUGCUUGAAGAUCUCACCAAUAUUACCGCCGAGGUUGGCCGCCGUACGGAAGAGGAGUGCCGUCAGCGCGACGGCGACGCCAAGCGCGACGAGAAACGACGGCGGCGGCAGGAACAGGAGCAGAAGGAUGCGGAGCGGCGGCAGAAGGACAAGGACCGGCGGCAGCGGGAUCGAGACAGGGUGAAAGCGAUGAAGGAGGCGGAGCUGGCAGCAGCGGCAGGCGGCGGCGGUGAGGUUGACGGCGGCGGCGAGGCCUAUGAGUACGGCGUCGAUGGCGGCGGCGUGGGUAAGACGGCGGCAACAGAGGUGGAGGUGGCAGCAGGAGGGCAGGCGGCGCCGAAGGUACGACUUGUACUCCGUCGGGGGGGUAUCGGAGGCGGAGGCGGGGAGCCGCCAAUGCACGGAAGUCCAACAGCGGCAGCAGCCGACGUCGACGCAGCCGGCGUUGCGCCACAGCGGAAGCGCGCGCGGCCCAGCGGCGACGAGGAGUACGACGAGGAGUACGACAUGCGGGAAUAUGGGGCCCCUCAAUCCACACGGGGUGAUCCCGUGUUUGCCGCCAGGUUUGCGGCAACCGGUAGGCCGCCGCAGAUGCAGCUGGGUACGGCAGGAGGCAUGCCGUACGGUGCCAACGGUUUGGCUCUGGAGGAUUUACCCGUCAACGAGGAGGACGCAGCGGCGUUGCUCGGACUGCAGGUCCCACGUCAGAGGCGCUCGACACGGCCUGUACGGCCUCGUACACCGACGCCGCCGCCAGAUGUCUUGAGUGAGCGGGUGAGAGCCGCCGCGGCCGUCGCUGCCGCUGGUCCUGUGGCGCCGUCGCCGCCAGGUCGCCUGCCCAGUGCCAGCGGUGGGGCCCCUGCUGCCGCCGCGGCUAUCGCCAGCGGGGGACCUCCUGGCGGCGGCGGUCGACGUCAUCCCGCAUCAUCACUGCAGCUCCGUCAGGGAGCCCCGACUGCCGCCGCCGCCGCCGCCAUGUUCACAGGGCAGGGGCCCGCGAGAGCAGCUGCGGCAGCUGCUGCCGCCGCUGAUAGUGAGGCUGAGUACACGAUGGCUGCGGCCGAGAGUGAGGCAGAGUACAUGCGGGCCUAUUCGCAGCAGCACCAAUUCCAUAGGACCCAACAGCAGCAGCAGCAACAGCGACCUCGUCAGAUGCAGCUGCAGCCUGUCUGUACACAACUCGCCGUCCACACGAACGAUCACCGACAGCAGUAG